AUGGCGCAUGCAGAGGGCAGCAGGGCGCACGGGGCGCACAGGGCAGCAGGGCAGCAGGGCGCGCGGGGCGCACAGGGCUGCAGGGCGCGCGGGGCGCACAGGGCAGCAGGGCGCACGGGGCGCACAGGGCAGCAGGGCAGCAGGGCGCGCGGGGCGCACAGGGCUGCAGGGCGCGCGGGGCGCACAGGGCAGCAGGGCAGCAGGGCGCACGGGGCGCACAGGGCAGCAGGGCGCGCGGGGCAGCAGCAGGGCUGGCGGGUUGGCCACACCCGCCACCCCCAUACCCUCCCCGCAGCAGAGAGAUGGGGGGGGGGGGGGUUGGCAGAUCCCCUCCCCCCACUGCUGCACCCGCAGCAGGAGGAGGGAGUGGAGAAAAGGGCGGAGAGGAGGGGGUCCCCUCCCCCCACUGCCGCAUCCGCUCCAGGGGGAUGGCAGAUCCCCUCCCCCCCACUGCUGCACCCGCAGCAGGGGGAGGGAGAGGAGAAAAGGGCGGAGAGGAGGGGGGUCCAGGGCCGGCUGCUCCAGGGGCCAGGGGCCAGGGGCGGCUGCUGA